CGUGAUUGGCUGAACGACUUCCGGCUUCCCGUUGUUCAUUCCCACACGUGAAGGUCAGCAAGAAACAGCCUCCUCGCGUUUAUAAUUAGAAUAAAUAUCGGUACUUCGACGUUUUAUAGCAGAUAUGGACGGCCAAGGAGCUUCAGCGGACCCUCAGCUUCAACAUUUCAUCGAAAUCGAGUCUCAGAAACAGAGAUUUCAGCAGCUGGUGCAUCAAAUGACUGAGGUUUGCUGGGAAAAAUGCAUGGAUAAACCGGGACCCAAGCUGGAUUCCAGGACUGAAAUCUGUUUCGUUAACUGCGUGGAGCGAUUUAUAGACACCAGCCAGUUCAUCCUGAACAGACUGGAACAGACUCAGAAGAGCAAGGGUGGAUUCUCCGAGACGAUGUUGGACUAAAAACUGGAAGUUUGAUAGAAAAAAAGUUUAAAAAAUAAAAAGGACCCAUUUUCUGCAUUCACUGGGAAAGCUGUUUGGUCCCGACUCAGCUGUCUGUACAGUAAGCUGAAGAAGAGUCCAGUCACCUGGGAAACAGACCACAACAAGUGUUACCUUGGAAACAAGUGCCUGACGUCUGAACCGUGUACAGACCUGGGUAAAAGUUUAAGGUUGUGUUUUGUCACUACAGGAAGACGAGUGUUGCAAAAUAUUGAGCUGGUGGUUUGUUGCUGACUCUGUCAGCUUUUUGAAUUCAUGUAAGUGGAAAGUUCAGACUGUGAAGUUUGAUUAUGAGGAGAUGUUGUUCAGAUACAUGGACCAAAAAUCAAUGUCAGUAAAAUCACCCUGCAACCUCUUGACUGAAGAUCAGUGUUCAACAGACUGGACUGUAAAUAUGCAAUAAACAAAAUGCCAAAUAAGUAUGUGCAUCCUUUUUAAAAUGCUUGUACAAUAUAUGUAAGAAAUCUGCACACUCUU